AUGUUUGAACGAGAGUUCCCUAUUGAGAUACAGAUCAAAGAGAACGAGCUCAUAGAAAUUGAUACAAGGAUACUCAAGGUCAAAGAGAUGUUGAAUCAAAUGCAGCGUUACCGUUCCUCUCACUUUCGUAAUCUGUCUCACAAGAGGAAGAAGAAUGUUAUCUCCAAUGACGACUAUCGAAUGGAUGCACCCAACGCCACCACAAACUCACACCAGACACCUACAGCGACAACAGAGGACAAACCAUUGUAUUUUAGGAAAAGUGAUGGCUCAUUCCUCCAGAUCAAAUGUCCAUGUUGCAAUGAAUACAACUUCAAGAACAUGACUGGAUUUAGGAACCAUGUGCGAUUAAUGCAUGAUCUCGCCUACACCACCUCUGAGGAGGCAGCACAGGAAUGUGGUUACUCUGUCCCAGAGAGCCUUGUCCCAAUUGACGACCAAUCUCGUGAUUGUUUGAUGGGGUUCGCCACAUCCACCAGUAAAGAGAUGUUGGAAACUACCUUUCAUCUAAAGAAACAACAACAGUUACAACUUCAACAACAACUCCAUCGCACCAAUGCCAACGUACAACUACAGCAACAACAACAAUCCAAUUCUCCACAAUCGACAGAAGAAGAACCAAUCUCUCGCUUCUACGUAAGGAAGCGUGUGAUCGUUGGAAACACUUCUACACAGAUUGCACCUGAGCAUAGAGGAGCUGACAAAUCAACACACAAGUGGAAGGUGUAUAUCAGAGGACCUGAGCAUGAUUCCGACAUUUCAUACUUUGUCAAGAAGGUCCGCCUACGUGGCUGGGGAGAGUUUACUGUACGCAUUACAUUAUUCUUUCAUGAUCAUCGAAACAAACCAAUCGACAUCUUUCACAACCUAAAGUUGAACCAAACACCAAUUCAAUAUGGUAUUAUGACAGUUGGAGGAGAGACAACGACUGACAUCAACUUGGAUAGAUAUUUCUUUGAUCAGAGAGACAAGGAGUUGAGUGCCAAAGGCCUUACCACCCAAGACAACUUGGCUGUCGUCAGCCAAUUAUCAAAUUUUGAACCAAUUGGAGAUAACAUCACUCCAAAGACAGCAGCACAAUCAACACAACAGGUGGUAGCAGAUACCAACAACAGUAACUCUGUUGAGGAGAAACAAUCACCACAGCAACAGCAACAACAUAAUGAGAGAAUCAUUUCAAGCAAAGCAGAGAGCCAAAAGAAGAAGAAGAAGAAGAAGAGUAGACAUAAGAGAGAUAUUGAUGAGGUUCUGACAUUCGAGGGCAAGACAGUUAACGAACUUUUGUCCAAUCUUACCAAGAGGUAUCCAAUCUUGUGCGACAAUAAGCCUAAAGGACUACAAUAUAGGACCGCAUCCUCACUCAAGGAGUGGGAGUCGUGGACAGUUGGCAAACAAAAAUUGACAGAGUAUAGAUGUGCCAAAGUAAUUCACAAGGACUUGAACAAGACAUUGAAUGCCUCAUUUGAGCUACGACUGGUAUUGGACUGGCUGAAGGAACACAAACAUGUGCCAAUGACUGAUCUACAAAAGGCUAUAUACGUCCUUUCCAAAGAGCAUCGGAAAUCACACAAGAUAAGCAAACACAACAAAGACAAUAUGAAGAUAAAUGUCGAUAUCGAUCAGGUAUCACAUACAACUGACAACAACAACAUCAUCAACAACAAAGACAACAAAGACAACAAAGACAACAAAGACAACAAAGACAACAACAAAGACAAUAACAAUAGCAAUAAUACCAACAAUAAUAGCCAUGACCCCAAUAGUGAGCAAAUUACAACAGAUAAUGAUGCACUGCAGGUGAAAAGACAAAAGUUGGACACAUGCACCACGAUAUCAAAGAUCAAAGAAGAACCUAUGACAGACAUUGUCAAUGUCAGCGCAACACAAGCAAUUAUACAACCCCUGUCCACAUAUUUGCCAGGGACAUUAGCAGUGACAUCAGCAAACCAACUCAAGUCCAGACAGAGGCCCAAGUCCAGGUCCAUCAAAGAACCAACACCAGUGACAACAAUUAAUCCUUUACCAGACUGGACAUUUUCUCUAUUCUCUCCCUCAGCAGCCACUGCAGUCGGCCAGUCAGCGCCUCACAACUACCACCAUGGCGAUUCAAACAUAUCGUCUGCUAUUGGAACACCCAAAAAAACACUUGGUCCCUACCCAUUGUUCUUUUGCAAGUACUGUGGCACUGGACACCCACCUGAUCACUUUGAGCAGAAGCAACGACACUGUGGUACAACAGCCAACAUGACAUCGUACACCACCCUCAACUCAUCUUUCCCUCAGAUAAGAAUCACCUAUCCCAACCAUUUUGACCCAGAGUCCAAGCCCUCCAACCCAAACGAAAAGGUGCUUUUGAUCAAGAAUGUAGCAUCAAUGUUAAACAUCAAGAUUGACGACAUGUCUGCAAUUGAGGCCCUCCACAUGGCAACAAUCAGGUUCAUGAUUGACUUGAUCAAACGAACAAACAUUGUCUAUGACAAACAGUUUGAUUCCGAGUCCACUAAUGAGUGUAUCAUCAAAGUGAUAGUUCCCAGUCACCUUCACACAGCUGUGAGGUCACACCCAUUGUUCAACUUCUUGAGCAAUGUAGCCUUAUUCAAAUAA